AUGGAGAGAAAUGCCACCAAAAUCAUUAGUAGGAUUCUUUUUAAGAUUGUUGGGAAUUGCGUUUUUGAAACAUAUAUACACUUUAAAAAAAUUGCGAAUACUUCAUUUUCAAAGAGAAGCAAUAGCGAUAAGACUUUUGGCUGA